AUGUCAGAUAAUCGUAGUAAAAGUCUUAGUUUACCACAUAUUUGUAACUAUGAUGAAUUAAGUACCUAUUCAUUAAAUCAAUUAAAAUUGGAUAAAAAAACAAAACAAUCAGUUUAUUAUAUUUGUCAUAUAUGUAUAUUAAAAAGUAAACAAAUGAAUAUAAAUGAUGAAUUGACUAAAGAUAAAGCAGAAUAUUUAAUUGAAAAUAAUUUAAAUAAACGUUUAGCUCAUUGUAAUUUAUAUUGUUUACAAGAUCAAAUACGUUUUGAAAAAUCAAAACAAUGCGGUUCAAAUCCACCAAGAAAAUUUAUAUUAUAUAAACAUAUUAAAUGUAUAUAUAUCUCUGAAAGUAAACCAUAUACAUUUAUAUUAUGUAUAGAAUAUGAUAAAGCUAAAUGUAAAAUUUAUGAAGUCUAUAAAUGUAAAUUAUCACAAGAUGUUAAAAUGCUUUAUAUCUUAUUACAGAAAGCAUUAAAUGAUAAAGAAUUUUUAUUAAGAGAUGAAUUAAAAUGUCCAAAAGUAUCUAUUGGAUUACAAUGUUGUUUAAUUUAUGAUAGAACUAUGAAUACUACUAGUAAUAUCAAUCCUUCUAUAUAUGAAAGUAAUAUUCAUUAUAAUAAUGAAAAAUAUAUGAGUAAUAUUAAAAGACAAUCAUUAUUACCAAUGAAUAAAUCAUUAUCUAGAACUAAAUUUACUGGUGUCACUACAAAUAUUUAUGAAGAACAUUCUAAUGAAUUGAUUCAAAAACAAGCUAUCACUUCAAAUUCACCAUCUAGGUAUUCUGAUAUUUCAAUGGAAUUAUUACAAAAGUUGAAUAGUGCCUAUAAUCCAGAUGGUGAAUAUAACAAUAAUAAUAGUAAUAAAACCUGGCAUAAAUCGUUGAUAUUAUUACAGACGGAUUAUAUGAGAGGUCCUCGAAUCAAUGACAUUGGUCCUAUUUAUAUGUUUGUAGCAAGACAACUGAAAUAA